CCAUCUACCUCCAACUUCUACCCUUAUUGAAGCAAUCUUAUCAUUGGCAACUCCAUUUUCCUACUCUCUUCUGUCCUCGUGAUAUCACUGAUAGGAAAAAUGGGUGGCGGCUCGCCCUGUGCUUCUUGCAAAUUGUUGCGGAGACGGUGUUCCAAGGACUGCAUCUUCGCCCCCUACUUCCCUUCUGAUGAUCCCCCCAAGUUUGCCAUCGUUCACAAGGUCUUUGGUGCUAGCAAUGUCAGCAAGAUGUUGCAGGAGCUUCCAGUUCAUCAGAGAGCUGAUGCUGUGAGUAGUCUAGUGUACGAGGCUAAUGCGAGGGUGAGGGACCCGGUUUAUGGCUGCGUGGGGGCGAUAUCGUUCCUCCAAAACAAAGUGUCACAGCUUCAGAUGCAGCUCGCCGUGGCUCAUGCAGAGAUUUUGUGCAGCCAGAUGCAGCAAGAGCCUUCCAUGUCUCGUCAACAGAUGGACACUGAGGACAAGUCCUUCCUUCUGCACAAUAACAUUGCUACCCUUCCCCAAUUCAUGAACUUUGCCUCCUCUAGCAAUGUAGUUCAAGAGCCUCUCAAGAUAGAGUCUUUUUGGACAUAGGCUUGUUUCUCUCCUCCUCCUCCUCCUUUUUUUUUUUUUUUUUUUUUUUUUUUUUUUUUUUUUUUUUUUUUUUUUUUUUUUUUUUUUUGAGAACACAUGUUCCUAUCCCUUUUGUUGUAAUAGAAGGUUAAAAUGAUGUUGCUUACUUUUCAAUGGACAGUGAUGAGCACAAUGAAGUUGGUGUGGGGGAAGAGGUUUAGGUGAUAUUGUAAGAAGUUUAGGUAAUUGUUUUGAUUAGUGGGUCAA